AUGAACAGAGGCAGAGGCGGGUUCAGAAACCAGCGUGGAGGCCGCGGCGGGUUUUCCCAGCCCCAGGGCCCUCCAGAGUCCGUUUUGGAAAUGGGCUCUUUUUUGCACACCUGCGAAGGUGACAUUGUCUGUCGCUCCAUCAACACCAAGAUCCCCUACUUCAAUGCUCCUAUAUAUUUGGAAAACAAGACGCAGAUCGGUAAGGUUGACGAGAUUUUGGGUCCAUUGAACGAGGUCUUCUUCACCAUCAAGCCAUCUGAGGGCGUCCAGGCCAAGUCCUUCAAGGACGGAGACAAGUUCUUUAUCUCCCCAGAUAAGCUUCUUCCCUUGGAGAGAUUCUUGCCCAAGCCCAAGGAGGUUGGACCCAAGCCAAAGAGAAAGGCUGGCGGUGCCGGUGGAGCCCGUGGCGGUUUCGGUGGCCGUGGAGGCGCCCGUGGAGGUGCUCGUGGAGGAUUUGGAGGCCGUGGAGGCAGAGGCGGCAGUUUUGGUGCCCGUGGCGGCUCCAGAGGCGGCUUUGGUGGUGCUAGAGGCGGUGCUAGAGGUGGCCGUGGCGGUCGUGGUGGAUUUGGCGGUGGUGACCGUGGCCGUGGCCGUUACUAG